CUCACCAUCUGACUGCCACCGCCACUGUCACCAUGCUGACGUCGGGGCUGCUUCUGGUGGCUCUGCUGGCCUGCCUGACCAUGCUGGCCCUGAUGUCUGUCUGGAGGCAGAGGAAGUUCUGGGGGAAGCUGCCUCCAGGGCCCACCCCCUUGCCCUUCAUUGGCAACUACCUGCAGCUGAGCACAGAGCAGAUGUACAACUCCCUCAUGAAGCUCAGAGAGCGCUACGGUCCCGUGUUCAUGGUCCACCUGGGGACCCGGCGGGUCGUGGUGCUGUGCGGACAGGAGGCUGUGAAGGAGGCUCUGGUGGACCAGGCUGAGGAGUUCAGUGGGCGAGGCGAGCAGGCCACCUUCAACUGGAUCUUCCAAGACUACGGCGUGGCGUUCAGCAACGGCGAGCGCGCCAAGCAGCUGCGGCGCUUCUCCAUCACCACGCUGCGGGACUUCGGCUUCGGCAAGCGCGGCAUCGAGGAGCGCAUCCAGGAGGAGGCGGGCUUCCUCAUCGGGGCCUUCCGGGCCACGCGCGGCGCCGUCAUCGAUCCCACUUUCUUCCUGAGCCGCACCGUCUGCAACGUCAUCAGCUCCAUCGUCUUCGGGGACCGCUUUGACUAUGAGAACAAAGAAUUCCUGUCACUGCUGCGUAUGAUGCUGGGAAGCUUCCAGUUCACCGCUACGUCCACGGGGCAGCUCUAUGAGAUGUUCUACCCGGUGAUGAAAUACCUGCCAGGCCCUCAACAGCAGGCCUUUAAGGAGCUGCAGGGGCUGGAGGAUUUCAUAGUCAAGAAGGUGGAGCAUAACCAGCGCACACUGGAUCCCAACUCCCCGCGGGACUUCAUCGACGCCUUCCUCAUCCGCAUACAGCAGGAGCAGAAGAACCCCAACACGGAGUUCCACAUGAAGAACCUGGUGACGACCGCGCUGAACCUCUUCUUUGCGGGCACCGAGACUGUCAGCACAACCCUGCGCUAUGGCUUCCUGCUGCUCAUGAAGCACCCGGAUGUGGAGGCCAAGGUCCACGAGGAGAUUGACCGGGUGAUCGGCAAGAACCGUCAGCCCAAGUUCGAGGACCGGGCAAAGAUGCCCUACACGGAGGCAGUGAUCCACGAGAUCCAGAGAUACGGAGACAUGAUCCCCAUGAGCCUGGCCCGCAGGGUCAUCAAGGACACCAAGUUUCGUGACUUCCUCAUCCCUAAGGGCACUGAAGUAUUCCCCAUGCUGGGCUCUGUGCUGAGAGACCCCAAGUUCUUCUCCAACCCGCAAGAUUUCAACCCCCAGCACUUUCUGGAUGAGAAGGGGCAGUUUAAGAAGAACGAUGCCUUCAUGCCCUUCUCCGUCGGAAAGCGGUACUGUUUUGGGGAAGGCCUGGCUAGGAUGGAGCUCUUUCUCUUCCUCACCGCCAUCAUGCAGAACUUCCGCUUCAAGUCCCCGCAGUCACCCCAGGACAUCGACGUGACCCCCAAACACGUGGGCUUUGCCACCAUCCCACGAAACUACACCAUGAGCUUCCUGCCCCGCUGAGCGUGGGCCGAACUGGGCGGGGCUAGGGGAGGGGCUAGGGGAGAGAAGGGGCGGGGUUAAGGGUAGGGGAGAGGUUGGGGUAAAAGGAGGGGGGGGCAGGUGGGUAAGAGAUCAAGAAGAAGCACAAACGACUCAGCCUCUUUACCCUGCGAGAGGCAGAUCCUUCAGAGCUGGGAUGGGAAGAAGGGAAGCCUUACAGCUGUAUUCCGAAUAAUAAUAAUAUUAUUUUUUGCACGAGGA